AUGUUGCGUUUUUUGUUACAAAACUAUUGGAGGCGAGAUAUAAAACCGGACCGGUUGGCGCCGGCGUUGCCGGGGUGCGACGGGCGGGGAAGGGGAAGGCACCCGCUUGGCGGUGAGGGGGACGUGGGAGGUGCGGCGAGUGAGUGGGGUUGGACCGCGGACGUGAGCGGCAUGGCGGCGCGUCCCGCGCGUCUCACCUUCCCCCUGCCACCUAUAAAACAGGCGGCCGAAACGCGCGCGCCGUUUAUUAAGCCAGCGUCGCAGUAUAGCUCGAGCUCCGCGCAAACGCGAAGCCACGCGAGAUCAAUUGUGAAAGUGUACACGGGCGAUUUCCAAACAGUGAGAGUGCUUACACCGGCCCCGUCGCCAACGGUUCCCGGCCCGGUGCUUGGAAGGGAUAUCUUUGAGAAUCCAAGAGAGCGGGGUUCAAUGGAAGCGAGGUUCGUGACCUGCCGGAGUUUCCAGCAGAUCAAGCCGCCGGAGAAGAGUCUAGCGCCGCAGCCGACCGUCAGGGGGCUGCUGUCGCGCUUCGGCAGCCAGGCGCAGGCACUGUUCGCGCCUAGGAAGCCGCGAUUCGGCUCGUCGGUGGCGAUACACAAGUUGCGCGAGACCAAGUGGUUCAAGCACGAUGAACAGAACAUACUGUGCGCCGUGCUCGAGUCCGGCUUUAUCCUGGAGGUGCGGGCGGAGGACCCGCUGCCGCCGGACUCCGAGCUGUCCCCGGACUACCACAUGUACGCCGUCGCUAUGUGGAAGAAGGGCAAAGAAAAAACAAAGAACCCGGAACAGAUAGAUGUGUACACGGUGCAACAGAAAGGUGUUCGCAAACGUGUAAUCAGGACGACCCUUGGUGCGUUCUGGAAGAAGGACUCCGUGAUACGCAUCAACAACGUGGAUGACAAACAGGAGACCCCGAACAGCGAGAAAGACAUAAGGGCAAAGCUUGACAUGGCCACUAAAUCCAGGUUCGAGAGGAACUGGCACAAUACCCUACACUUUGUCCAUUGGUGCCGUUAUGGUGAGACACCGCAAGAAGCUCGCAUGAGACAGAUCAGCUUAACGACGUCGAAAACACCUAUGAUUAUCAUCUUU